UUCUUUUGAAAAAAAAAGCAGAGUGGGAGGAUACGGGAAAGAUUGCAACGGAAUUGCAAAGAGAGAAAAAAAGAGGCAUUGCAAAACAAAGUGAGCGGAACAAACAAAAUCAAAAUAGCGGAGCAAAAAUAAAUGACUUUAAAGGAAUAACGGGGGCGGCGAUUGCGAAUCUAGGGAGUCGCGGACCAACCGGGUGGAAAGGUACAGACGACAGAGGCGAAGGAGAAAAGGCAGGAACCGAAGCCAGCCGGGGAGAGAGGAACCUUGCACCGUUCCAGGGAGGGCAUUGCAGCAGCAUCGGCAGGAGCCCGGGGCACGUGCCGUUGCCAGGGAGCCGGCGGUUGCCAGGGAGCAGGAGGAACACUUCCCCCGGUUGCCAUGGACCAGUCGGGUGUGCUGCAGGAGACGCUGGCCCCAGGGCACUGCUGCCUAACAGCAUAAUGCAACAUGGAGAAUCGAUUGAAAGCCGUAUUAUCGGACUUGUGGAGUGCAGUGGCGAGUAUGCGAUUUUCAUGUACACUCACAGAAGAAUGGCAAUUAUCCCAGAGGAUGUUUCAUUGCAAGAAAUAGUGCCUGUGUCAGAAGAUUUAAUCAUUGAAGAAGUGUUUCAGGAAUCACAUGUCAUAGGUUCUGAUACUACAGUCAAAAUAAUAUCAAGAGAUGUUGAUCUAGAACUUCAGCUUCCCUUUGGAUCACAGGCCAAGAUCUUCCUACAGGAAGCCAAUAAAGCAUGUGAAGAGUUACUCAAUCAAGCUGUAUCUGGAGGAUUCCCACCUCAAUUUUUAUGGCUAUCGAAGUAUAGACAAAAGAAAGGUUUCCAGUUGCACAGAUCCCUGCGGAUGGAACAUGCAAAUUGUCCUUCAUCCUCGACUAGCCAAAAAGGCGAUUCUGAUCUGCUAGCAAUCAAACAUGGCGGUAAAGAAAGGGACAGUUGCAUGUAUGAAGAUGGCUGUGACUCAACUGCAGAAAAAUAUUCCUCUGACCUAGAAACAUGCUCUGAUGCCUCCACUAGUUGCUCUGCACAUCCUCCUGCAACAAAGCCUGAGAAAAUGAAACCUGACAUAACUGAUGACAAGAUCCGCAAAGCUGACAUCUUGCCAACAAGCAAAGCCCAAAUCCUCACGAUGCCACAAUUUGGCCUGCGGGACAAUCUGAUCAAAUCAGAGUUGCUGAAGCAAGAAGAGAAAUACACUUACAUCAGAAACUACAGGAUUUUUGCAGGGACGUACAAUGUGAAUGGCAAGUCUCCUAAGGAGGAUCUGAGGCCUUGGCUGAGCUCUGAUUCUGAACCACCUGAUAUCUACUGUGUUGGUUUUCAGGAAAUUGACCUCAGUAAAGAAACAUUCCUUUUUAAUGAGACACCAAGGGAGGAGGAGUGGUUCAUAGCUGUUUCUGAAAGUCUUCAUCCUUCAGCUGCAUAUGCAAAGAUCAAGCUUGUCCGGUUGGUUGGAAUGAUGCUCAUGUUGCUUGUGAAGAAAGAACAUGCUGCCUAUGUAACUGAAGUAGAAGUGGAGACAGUGGGAACAGGCAUCAUGGGAAGAAUGGGUAACAAAGGCGGAGUAAGCAUAAGGUUUCAAUUUCAUAACACCACCUUGUGUAUCGUUAACUCACACCUUGCAGCUCAUACUGAAGAAUGUGAUAGGCGGAAUCAAGAUUACAAAGACAUCUGUACCAGAAUGCGUUUUAUUCAAUCCACUCUGCCACUAACCUCUCUCACAAUCUUGAAACAUGACAUGAUAAUUUGGCUUGGAGAUCUGAACUACAGAAUAUGUCAUCCAGACGUAGAAGUAAUUAAAAAGCUAAUAGCAUUGAAGGAUUAUCAGAAACUCUUCAAGUAUGAUCAGCUAUCAAAACAUAUGGAGGAAUCGGGUGUAUUUCAAGGAUUCAUGGAAGGACCUAUCAACUUUCAGCCAACCUACAAAUACGAUAUUGGCUCUGAUAAUUGGGACACAAGUGAGAAAUGUCGAGUUCCUGCAUGGUGCGAUCGAAUCCUUUGGAAAGGAAGCAACAUCAAGCAAUUGGAAUAUCGCAGUCACAUGGCUUUGAAAAUCAGUGACCAUAAACCAGUUAGCGCAAUCUUUCUAGCUGGGAUAAAGGUGGUCAAUGAAGAAUUAUUCAAAAAGACAUAUGAAAAUAUUGUUCGUCAUUUAGACAGGAUGGAGAAUGAUUCUAUUCCUUCAGUAUCCUUGUCCAAAACAGAGUUUCAUUUUGAGAAUGUGAAGUUCAUGCAGCUUCAGGUUCAAACACUCACAAUUGCAAACACUGGACUAGUUCCCUGUCAGUUUGAAUUCAUCACCAAGCUGGAUGAGCCUUCGUACUGCAAACCAUGGUUCAGUGCUACACCGAAUAAGGGGAUUUUGAGUGAGGGGGAAAGAGUAGAAAUUGAAUUAGAAGUGUAUGUGAAUAAAUUUACUGCACUCUCAUUAAAUAUGGGAACCGACCGCAUUGACGAUAUUUUAAUCUUGCAUCUGCAACGAGGAAAGGACUACUUCGUGGCCAUUUGUGGGAAUUACCUCCCAAGUUGCUUUGGAUCCUCGUUACAAGCACUUUGUUACAUGAAGGAGCCAAUCCGAGAAGUGAAACCUGAAAGAAUAGAGGAGCUGGAAAGAAUGGUCAAGGAGAAUAGAUCUUUUGAUAUCUUUGCAAAUGAGGAGCCACUUGACAUCCCUAAAGAACUCUGGAUGUUGGUUGACCACUUGCACCGAAAUGCUUCACUCCAGGAUGAUCUGUUCCAACAGCCAGGACUGAAGUCAGAAUUUGAGGAAAUACGAGACUGUUUAGAUACUGGAAUCCCAGACUUUCUCCCUGGCAGUAACCAUUCUGUAACUGAAGCACUAUUGCUCUUUCUGGAUGCCCUUCCAGAACCAGUCAUCCCUUACAAAUUCUACAAGAAAUGUUUGGAGAGUUCGUGCAACUACACUCUCAGCAAACAGGUUGUUGCCAUGCUACCUCAAGUCCAUAAGAAUGUGUUCAAUUACUUAAUGGCUUUCCUCCAAGACCUUCUGAAAAAUGCUGUUCACAACAACCUUGAUGUGCCUACACUUGCAAGCAUCUUUGGAACACUCUUGCUGAGACCACCUCCCAAUGCCACAAAUCAGGAUAAUGUUAUUGAGAAUAAGAAGGCAGCACAGUUGUUCAUUGCACAUUUGAUGACAUGGAAGGAUUGUUAACUGAAGCAGCCUGACCCAGCCAACAUAGUGUUUAUUUUAUACUUUUCAAUAAAAUUGUACAAUUUCAGUCAAGAGUAUUUUUGUAUAAAGGUAAAUAUCUUAAGAGUUAUACAAGCAAUUUUAAGAAGAUUCUACGUACUUGUAAUCUAAUUAUCUUCGUGUGGUUAAAGAUUCAAAGCUGGAGUCAUUCUUGUCACCUCCAUUUUAUAGCUACAGUGCUUUAGAUAUUGUAUUUUGUCAUGCAUCAGGUUCAGGGAACUGACAAUUUUGCGAGCACACAGUUUUUUUUAUUUUUUGGAAACACAGUCACUAUUUAACAAAAAAUUCCAAGAAAACCCAGAACUGCUGGAGAUCAGAAACAAAAACAGAAAUUGCUGAAAAAGCUCAGCAGGUCUGGCAGCAUCUGUGGAGAGAAAUCAGAGUUAACUUUUUGGGUCCAGCGACCCUUUUUCAGAGCACAAAGUGUUGACUCUGCUUUGUGCUCACCACUUAGUCUGUCCCUGCCCAUAUGAGGCAAAUAGUGCAUGCCAUUUGCUAUAUGUUCUCAUUACAAAGGCAGUACUUAACUUAUUUAAGCACAGAAAGUAUUUGGGGAAUUCAAGUAACUGCUUCCUAUAUAGUUCAAAUGUAAUUGCCUAUCAUUUAGUCUUUUCAGGCAGUCUCAACUUGUCGAGCUGACUGAAUCUGGAGUUGUAUCAACAACGCUGUCUGUAGUGAUGAAGUGACCAAACCACUGCCUACUCUGUUCUAUUCUGCUCUUCCUGCAUGAUGUAAUUAAAACCUCUCAUCUUGCAUAGUCUGUAGCCAGGUGUAUUUUCUAAAGGUAGCAGAUAAAUAUAGCAAUAUAGAGUUUAGGGAGUGCUCUUCAGAUGAACAAAAGCCAAUUUUGACUGUGAGAGGGAGAGAAUUGGGAGACUGCCUUCAAGGAGCUGCUUUCUGACAAUUAUUUCCCAGAAGCAUCUCUGUAAGAAAGAUAGAAGGAUUAGGUAUCUGAUGACAGAACUUGACGAACAAAAAUGUUCAGUUUUAAUUUCUGAAGUUGUCAAAAAUUUGCAUAAAAUUGGUCUAACCCAGUGUACUGGUUACUGCAUUUGGUGGACAAUUCACAUUUGUAAGAUAUUUACAAAGUUAACAGAAUGAUAGUCUUUGUGGAUUGAAUGUCAGCCAGAAGAAGUUGCCCCCAUGCAACAAAUAUGAUUUGUUACCUUAUGAGUUGACAAAAUACUGCAAUGAUAGAUGUUAUUUCAAGCUACUAAUACCAGGGUAGAAUUCAUUUGACAAUAUGUCUAUCCAAGUACACAGACCCAUUCACAGAGUGAAAAAUGGAACAGACUUAUGCAAAACAUUUUCUGUGUUUAAACAAAGUGAAUAAUCAGAGCAGAGAAUUUCUCAGUGACUGAAAGAGAAACUGAUGGAGUAAUAUGGAGCAUUCACAGAUCUCAGGCCACAAAAUGUGUUUCAUUGAUUCUUUUAGAGUUAAGAGUUAUAAAAGGGAUUUGUGUAUAUACGAAAGCUUUUCUUUCCUUAGUCCUGAUCAAAGGUUUGCUAAGAUGAGUUAGAUCAGGACUCCUGGAUAAACUUAUUUAUCUUUGUAACAUAGCAACUACUGUCAGAGCUAAUAAGCACUGAAUAAAAGAUAAGGUAUUUUAAAUACUUGUAAUUCAACACCUAAAUUCUGGUGUCAUCAGGUGCAGUGGUUAUCCUAGCAUUAAAUCUGUAUGUUUGGGUGAAUUUGUUAAUCUUGUACUGAACUUGCAUGUGGCAGGAUUGAGUUGAUUUAUUCCAUUUCAUGUUUGGAUCAUGUGUAUUCUUAAAUCUUAAAUUCACUGUAAUAACUCUUAUUAUUACACUAUCUUUCCAUGCCAGUCCAUUUUUUUUACCCCUUUUAAUUAGUUUGAUGGUGUAAUUUCCAUUUUAUUUUUCCAAUUUAUGGGCCAAAUUUUAACUCACUCAAAACCAAUUCAUCUACACAAAAGCAGAAUCAAGCCAUUGUGCAUGCUUUACAGUGUCAAGUAAUUUCAGUCUUUCCCGUGAACAGAAUUUUGAAGCAUUUAUUGUAUAAUAAGUCUUUUCUGGUAUUGACUGAUUUUACAUGUUGGCCAAAACUCAGGGGAUUCCUCCAAGAUAUUGUUCUUUACUGUUGUCCUAUUCCAUUUUGUUAUCCGGCUGAGGGAAGUUAACACUUUUGCCCCUUGCUAACCAUAUCUCCUCAGGACUCACUUGAGAACCAUUAGCUCCUGAAGCCAGUAGAGCAGUGAGGAUAUCAAAUGAUGCCCACUCCCAAGCUACUGAUACAAUAUUGCUCUUGACAAGCUGUCAGGAGACAUCUCACAGUGGCUACAAUAUAACUCCUUACUCGUUAUAUAGUUUCUCCCAUUUCUUUCUCUUUCUCUCAUGGAGUAGCUGAACAGCUUCCCACAGCAACAUCACAGAGAAGGGGCACUGAGUAGCAUUUGAGGCUUGAAGUAACGUCCCUACACUACACCUCAACUGUACUUCUUUAAAACUGUACGGCGAUAUGAAAAACAAUCUUUCCACUCUUCCACUUUGACAGAGGGCUGAUGCUAAUUGCUGAGUGUUUCCACUCAGCUUAAACACGCACACUUUAAAUAAACUGGUCACCAAUUGAGUCAACUGGAAAUUUGGUUGAUUUUAGGUUGUGUGCAGUCUGUCUUUUAAUAUACAGAUGUCUUGGAUUUCCAGGUUCAUAUUUUGGUAGUGCAUUUGUUAUUUGAGAAUUCUAACAUGGUGCUGAAAGUAUUUAAAUUUCAUAAAGCAUCUAUUUCACAUAAUAGUUAUUUUCAACUGCAGUCUUUGAAUCCAUGCUGUAACAGCAGGCGGUAUGGUGGAACAGAUUCUGGCUUGAUAGCUCAGAGUUGGAAUGUAAAAAUAUUCAAAUAAUAGAUUUGAGUUUGAAUACUGAUUCAAUGGCAUCAUUAAACAAUUCCAGGCAACAUGAAAGCAAUUUGGAUUAUCUUAGUUUAUCCAGACUGAACCAUAAGUCCAUUUAUUCCAUUGUCCAGUUUAUUUGUCAUUAGUUGUGGUAUUUUUGCCUCCACUCCUCUUUAUGAAAAUUAGAAAUUCUUUGUAAGAAGAAACAUUCCUGAUAGUGCACAAGCAUUUACUUGUUUACACACGUGAUCUGUAAAUUUACCCAGAAUUCUUGCAGCUUUGAGCUAAACUGAUAGUCUUGCUUGUGGCCUACCUCAGUCUACUUGGGAUGUCUCAUCCUCAAAACAAAGUUAACUAUGUUUGUGGCCUGGAUCUUCCCUGAAUUUUCCUAUAUCAAGUUCUGCUUAUGACUGACAUCUGCCUUUACUGAUUGAUCACAGUUCACAUGACCCUAAUGCCUUCAGUUUAAAAUUCAUAUCAAUACAAUUAAACCCUGUCUGGAUGCAACUGCUCAACUUCUACAAUACCCAUACUCUAUAAUCUCUCCAUUUCACUGGAUCUUGAAUCCUGUGCAUCCACCUGUUUUAGCCCUGUUAUUGGUUUCCAUCAUCUUGGCUCCAUUUUAGUUAAUUGGAUUCUGAUCUAUAUAGGGGUACAGCUGGUGGUUGUGUGUAUAUAUUUUUCCUGUAUGUGUAACAUUAUGCCCUUAAAAGUAUACCACUACUCGACUAUAGAAAUACUGUUGAACCUGCUCCUCCCAUCUUUGAAAUUAUCUCUUGAAACUAUAAACCUUACCAUGCAUAAUGAUCAUUUGUAAGCUUCAGAACAACUCAGAAGGUAUUGCAUUUUAGCAUAGUUAAAGCUAUCUUGGAAACUAGUGCUAAGUCAUUGACUGAGACACAUUAAUAUUUUGCAUGUUCUUUACCUCAGUUGGCAGUGUCACGAUCGCAGUUGCGAUGCAGACUUUCACAUUUACAUCCAAUUCAGCAUAACACGCCCUGACCACAGGCAGUGACACAAAUUUUAAUUAAUUGGGCAUCUCUAUGCUCAAAAAUAAUCAACAUUCAGGAUAAAUCAGGAAUCCCUCCAGAGCAUACAUAUUAAUAGUUUAUUAUUGUAUGAAACUGAUAUGGUGAUGUAUGGGCUGAAAUACCGACCACCACAGUGAAGAAAGGAUACAGGUAUGGUACUGUUUAAAAUAAAGAGCAAAGAUUUCUCCCUUGUAGUUAAUCAUAAUAUGGAGUGAGGCCAGAAUAGACAGACCCCAAGCUCCAGGCAGCAUGAGAACAUCACGAGCAGCCUUUUCAAUCCAGCAGCAUCUAGGAUUUUAAAGUGACAUUCAAAGUAAUUCUGUAGAGCAAAUGUUGACCAAGCAACCCAUUGGGUACUCGAGCAUCACUUUCUAGGUAAGGCUUGUAUUAGCUGUAACUGAUGGACUCGAGUAUGUGUUCACAAAGCACAGUGCUUCAUCUGUCAAGGAAAGGGGUAGAAGGGUUAACAAUGUGACUUGUCUUAUCUGUCAACAUUAAUAGAGAGACCUGUUGCAGAGGCCAUUGCACCCCUUUACUGCGUGGAAAAUAAAAGCAUGGGGUAAGCAGGAGGUGCUUAAUUAUUUAAACUCCUAUCAAAGUAUGUGCAAUUUGAAGAAAUUUCAGCAGCAAAAAUCUUGUAGAAACACCAUACCUUUUGCUGAUUUUGUUGUCAUGAUUAUGUUUGGCCAUCCUUUCUGUCUAUGCUGAAAAUUUAUGAUGCAGUAUGUAUCAAAAUGAAUCAUUGCAUAACAAUGUGUAUGUCAGCAAGACCUAGCACAUUGCUGGACCAACUAUUUAAUAAUCUGUUAUGUAGUGCAAAAUUGUUACUUUUGUAUGUAUGUGAUUUAUUAAAAUUAUUUAUACAUUGAUA